AUGAAGGCAACUACUGUCAUCCCUCUCCUCGGCCUUUCGGGUGCCGCCCUCGGUGCUGUCGCCAAGAGCAGCAGCGCUCAGGAGCCCUGGGGAUACAAGUCGGGCUCCAAGGAGUCCAUUGCCAACCUCAAGGACAAGAUUGAGAACGUUGUUUGGAUCCUGCUGGAGAACCGCGCUUUCGACAACAUCCUCGGUGGUAUCCACAAGGAUGGCCUGGACAACGUCGUCAACAGCGGUCCCUUCUACAACCCCCAGCUGGUCAACGAGACCAACAGCAAGAAGUGGUACAGUCAGUACAAGGAUUACGACUCCGUUCUCCACGAUCCCGAUCACUCCGUGACCGGUGUCAACUUUGAGAUGUACGGCACUUUCACCCCGGACAACGAGGCCAUUGCCAAUGGUACCUUGAAGCCCGACCUCAAGGGAUUCGUCGAGCGCCAGAUGGCUGUUUACCCUGCCAUCUCUGCCCAGCGCGCCACUGACGAGGUUCUCGGAUACUACUCCGAGGACGAGGUCCCCACCCUCCUGGACUUGGUUGAUGAGUUCACCACCUUCAACUACUGGCACUCUUGCGUGCCCGGUCCCACCAACCCCAACCGUCUGUGUGCCCUUUCCGGUACCUCCGACGGCCACGGUGAGAACGACGACAGCUUCUUGACCUCCGCAAUCGAGAUCAACGGUAUCUUCGAGGAGGCCACUAAGAAGGGUAUCUCGUGGCACAACUACGACGGCACCAACGGCGACUUCCUGCCCGAUGCCCUCUUCUACAACUGGACCGCCCAGAACGCCGAGUCCAACGUCGUUCCCCUGGAGAACUUCUACCAGGACGCUUACCUGGGUCUGCUCCCCCAGCUCUCCUACAUCAACCCCUCCUGCUGUGACGCCAACACCAACUCCAUGCACCCCUCCGGCAACGUUUCGUUCGGCCAGGUCCUCGUGAAGCAGGUGUACGAUGCCGUCCGCACCGGUCCCCAGUGGGACAAGACCCUCAUUGUGCUCACCUUCGACGAGACGGGUGGAUUCUUCGACCACGUCGCUCCCCCCCUUGCCGUCCGCCCCGACAACAAGACCUACACCGAGACCGCCUCCAACGGCCAGAACUACACCCUCAACUUCGACCGUCUGGGUGGACGUAUGCCCACUUGGUUGAUCUCCCCCUACGCUCCCAAGGGCUACGUCGAGAACAACGGUACCAACCCCGUUACUGGCAAGUCUGAGUCUUACAGCGCUACCUCCGUCCUCAAGACCCUCGGAUACCUGUGGGAUAUCGAGGAUUUCACUCCCCGUGUUGCUCAGUCUCCUGCUUUCGACCACUUGAUUGGUCCUAGCAUUCGUUCCUCCCCUGCCACCUUGACUAACCCCCACACCUUUGCCGAUGCUGUUUAA